AUGUCCCGGCUCAUUGGACCACUUCUCCAACUGCUGGGGUUGCUCCCCCUGGCCACGGUGGCGCUUCCCAGCAGUAGUACAGGUAGUGUCUGCGAUAUCCUCAAUUCCCGGUUCCCAGGCAGUGUCUCGUACUCGGGAGACCCGAUCUACACUGCGUCGGUGUCAUCCUAUUACUCCGGAUUCGAGAGAGCCCUGAGUCCCAGCUGCAUCUUCAGACCAACUAGCACCGCCGAAGUUUCCGAAUUCGUUCACUUGGUCAGCGUAAAUGCAUCGCUUCAAUUUACCAUCAGGGGCGGUGGGCACACCCUGUUCACCGGAGCGGCGAAUAUCGACGGGGGCAUUACAGUGGACAUGCGUGCUAUGAACGCCCUGGCUCUCAGUGACGAUCACAGGAUUGCCUCCGUCGGCGGCGGCAGUAUCUUCAGUGAUCUCUAUCCUCAGCUCGUGCCGCAUAAUCUCACGGUCAUGGGGGGCCGAGUUCCGGGAAUCGGGAUCGGUGGAUUUACAACCGGAGGAGGUUUGAACUUCCUGUCGCGCAAGCACGGCUUCUCUUGCGAUAACAUCUACGGCUACGAGGUCGUUCUCGCCAACGGCUCAGUCGUCUACGCGAGCGCAAGCUCCCACCGCGACCUCUGGCUCGCGCUCAAAGGCGGCUCGAACAACUUCGGCAUCGUCACGCGCUUUGAUCUCGCGACCUUCCCACAGGGACUGAUGUGGGGAGGCCUGGUGCUGUUCAACUACACGGACCACCAGACCAUCAACGCCCAGGCCCAAGCUUUCAGCGAGUUCAUGGAUCCCGCCAACUUCGACAGUGCAGCAGACAUGGGGCUUAUUCUGAACUUCGCCGACGGCAGCUUCUCGAUUGGGAACUCGCUUUUCUACACGGAACCAGUCGCCUACCCGCCUGUCUACCGGCCGUUUACCUCCCUGCCGUCCCCGAUUUUGGACGACCUGGGCUUCAAUAACGUGAGUGGCAUGGUGGCUAAAUUUGGAGAUUCUCUUCCAUCAAGGCUGAAUCGGGUAACCGAGCUCGUAUACUCCUUCAAGAACGCCAACGCAACGAUAUACAAACACCUCUUCCAGAUCUGGGAAGACGGGUGCACCUCCCUCGUCGAGGCCGGGAUCUCGGGCCUGCAAGUCCAAUACCUGCUCCAGCCUCAACCCGUCACGAACGGCACAAACUCCCUCGGCCAGGCACCCGGCGAGACAGAUAUCGUGAUCGGACUCGCCACCGUCGCCUACGACAAUGCGUCUGACGACAACACGGCGAUGAUUGGCCUCCAGACCAUGGUCAAUGCACAAGAGGCGAUCCUGCAGAGGGCAGGCCUCUAUAUCCCUUUCAAGUACCUGAACUAUGCGGACAAGUCGCAGGACCCCUUUGGCAGUUAUGGGAAGGCGAACAAGGCUCGUGUCGAGGAUGUCAGUAGGCGGUAUGAUCCCCAGCAGAUGUUUCAGAGACAGGUUCCUGGGGGGUUUAAGCUUUUUGCAUGA